AUGAUUUACUACUGUUACUAUUACGAUAAUAGUCCACUGAGUGUAGCCGCAGCAGCAGCUUCCGCAGAGCCGACGCCAGUACUGCCCGUCGAGCGACCGCAGAACAUUCACGGCAUCAUCGCCAUGUCAUCGGCGCGAAACAUGAACGGGCCAGCUGGCGCAAGGCCGUUGGUGGCGUUGCUGGAUGGUCGAGACUGUACCAUCGAGAUGCCACUACUGAAGGAUGUGGCGACAGUGGCCUUUUGUGACGCGCAGUCGACGCAUGAAAUUCACGAAAAGGUGCUGAAUGAAGCUGUCGCAGCACUCAUGUAUCAUUCGAUUAAACUGGAAAAAGAAGAUCUGGAAAAGUUUAAAGCAUUGCGGGUGGUUGUGAAGAUCGGCUAUGGUUUCGAUAACAUUGACGUGAAGGCGGCUACAGAAUUAGGGAUUGCCGUUUGUCAUACACCUGGUUAUUGUAUAGAAGAAAUUGCCGACUUCACUAUAUCUCUAAUCCUAAAUCUCUACAGAAGAACAUACUGGCUCGCGAAAGCUGUCAGUGAGGGCAAGAAAGUAGUUGGUGCCGAACACGUGCGAGAAGUAGCUGGAGGUAGUAGACGUAUGCGUGGAGAUAUUCUGGGCAUCAUCGGUAUGGGACGUGUAGGAACUGCUGUGGCUCUGCGAGCACGUUCAUUUGGGAUGAACAUCGUGUUUUAUGAUCCAUUCGUCCCGGAUGGUUACGAAAAUGCUCUCGGGGUUGAGAGAUGUUAUGCAUUAGACGAUUUAUUGAUGAAGAGCGAUGCGAUUUCACUGCAUUGUUUGCUGACAGAUGAGACUCGACAUAUUAUCAACGAACAGACCCUAAAGCAGUGUCGCCCUGGUGCGGAUCUCGCAACGUUUUUGAAAAGUGGUCAUGUUAGAGGAGCAGCUCUUGAUGUUCAUGAACAGGAACCAUACGAAGGCAAUAUAAUGAAUCCACUUUCUCAAUGUCCCAAUGUAAUACAUACGCCUCAUGCAUCAUGGUUUUCCGAUAGUUCGUGUAAAGAAUUACGAGUGAAUGCAGCUAAAGAGGUUCGACGAGCAAUUUUAAAUCGCUUUCCUAACGAUCUGCUCAACUGCGUCAACAAAGACCAGCUUCUGGCAAACGGCGGUGGUGCUAGAAGGGCUUUAGCCGCAGCUGCUGCGGCUGCAGCUAAUCAACCUGGUCCUAGUAGCUAUAACCCACUUGUAGGAAUGCAAAACUUUGUAUUCUACGAAUUCCGCAUACUAUCCUGUGCUUUUCCAGGCUUCAACGGUUUGCCGCAGAUGAGCCAAAUGGGUGCGUUCCCUUACGGGAAUCCGCUGCUGGCUAUGGGUGGGAUGAAUUUAAAUCCAUUGUUGAUGACGCCAAAUUCGGCUGCAUUGGCGCAGUUUGCGAAUCCUGCUGCUGCGCUUUCAACAUUGGCUGCGCAGACAUCGCAGGCCGCAGUGGUGAAUGUGGGUUCCCCAGCUCUGAAUGCCACUCCAAGUCCCAAUGCCACGUCUGGAAAGUUGGCCAGCCCUCGGAAUGGCGGAAUCACUCCACCGUCGCCAUCGAAUGCUGAACUUCCCGCCUCGCUGUCAGCGAAUUUACCUGGUGCCACAGGUGCGUCUGGUGAUGAGAUUCGUUCGAAAAUUGAGAAAGAAGAGCUCGUUGAAAUAAAUGGCCAAGGUGAAAAUGGGUUAAACGGUGCCAACAACGACGAGUAG